AUGGAUUUAAGCGAUUACGAAGAAUUUUAUGAUUCUGAUCAGAGUGAUGUGGGCGAACAAAGCUUACACACUAUGCUUAGUAAAUCUCUCUACGACAAAGAUGAUGAGUAUGAAGAAUAUGGAGAACAAAUUGCUGGCGAAGAAGAAGCAUUAGGCAGUGUGCAAGAGGAAGUACUUGGUAAAGUCACCGAUGAUUUUGUUCAACAAGAAGUGGUCCUAGGUCCAGUGUAUAGUGAGAAUGAGCCAGAUUUAACACUAAAAUUAGAAGAUGAUGAAAAAGUAGUUUUAACACCAGAAGUUAUAGACGAGUUAGAAAACAAACAUUUUAUUGAUGGACUUGAUGAUGAUAAUUUUGAACCAUUAAAAAAAAAACAAAAAACAAGCAAUGAAGAUAAUGCAAAUCCACAUAAAACUAUUAUUAUGCAUAUACCUCGAUUCAUUCGGUGUAACAAAAUUAGUCAAUCUAUUCAAGUUCAAAACAUUGUAUGUGGUGCAAACAUGGGAUGUCCUUUGGACUUGGUAAGAAUUGUCAUGUGGACUAGUAACUCAGAAUAUAAUCCACUGCGAUUUAAUGGACUAAUUAUGCGUCUUCGUAAACCUAAUGUCACCAGCCUAUUAUUUCCAUCAGGUAAAAUGGUCAUGCAAGGUGCUAAGGAUGACCGAACAGGAAAUUUAGGAUGUCGAAAAGUAGCAAAAAUUUUAGAACGACUUGGACACAACGUAAAAUUUUGUGAUUAUACAGUGCAUAAUAUUGUAUGCACAUGGGAUGUUGGUUUUCCAAUAAUGUUGGAAGAAUUAAAUACUGCUCACUCACAAUUUACCAGCUUUGAGCCUGAAGUAUUUCCUGCGUUAAUUUAUCGGAUGGUCAGACCUCGAGCAGUGUUUUUAAUGUUUGUAAAUGGAAAAGUAGUUUUAACAGGUCUUAAAACAAAAUCAGAUAUAAAAGAAUCUGUCUUUUUGAUGCAAGAUGUAUUAAACAUUUUCAAAAAAACUUAA